CCAUAUUCAUUUUACAUGUUCACUCAGUUUCUCUCUUGUUUCAAUGUGUUAGCAUCCACUGCCAGAUCUCAUUUUCCUCCACACCAAACCCAGUUUUCUUCGAAUUUUACAGUAACCCAUAAUUCUAAGAGAAGAGUAGUAGUCUUUGUGAGAUCAAUGGCGUCUAAUGAUCAGAAAUUCCCACCACAGAAACAAGAAACUCAGCCUGGAAAAGAGCAUUUAAUGGACCCAACUCCACAGUUUGCUAGCCUGGAAUACAAACCUGCCAACAAGCUUAGAGGUAAAGUGGCCGUAGUGACUGGAGGUGAUUCGGGCAUUGGGCGAGCCGUGUGCCAUUGCUUCGCGUUGGAGGGUGCAACGGUGGCUUUUACAUACGUGAAGGGUCAUGAAGACAAAGAUGCAGAGGAUACCCUUGGAAUGUUGAUGAAAGCUAAACAUUCUGAUGCAAAAGAACCGAUGGCGAUACCGGCAGAUUUAGGGUAUGAUGAGAAUUGCAAAAGAGUUGUUGAAGAGGUAGUGAAUAACUAUGGAAGAGUAGAUAUUCUUGUUAAUAAUGCUGCUGAGCAAUACAAGGCAAGCGCAGUUGAAGAGAUCGACGAACCGAGGCUCGAAAUGGUGUUCAGAACCAAUAUAUUUUCUUACUUCUUUAUGGUCAGGUAAGUAUGACACCCAUUAAUUUAUUUGGAUUAUUUUUUACCAUAGCUUCAACAAUAAAAUUUCAAAAUGUUUUCCUUACUUCUUGACCCCUUGUUCUCCUAAAAAUACUAUUCAAAACUCAUUCAAUUAAUGA